UGCAUUACUGACUGUGCUCUCAAUAUGUUUUUAACAUGUCAAAAGAAAAUUUUUAAUGAGAUUUUAUAAAAUAUAAAGAAAUUAAAGUGUAUUUUUAGCUAUGGCAAUUUCACGUACAGAAGUAAAUAUUCGACGAUUGAUUGCAAAAUGUGAAUUAAUGGUAAAGGAUAAAGGGAAUAAAAAUGAAGAUAGGUUAGAAAAAUAUAUAGAUUCGUUGGAUGAUAUGCUAAUCGAAUUGGAAAAAGCAAACCCUAAACCAAAUUAUGAAACUAUCUUAGAAUAUACAAGCCGAAUACAAAAAUUAAAACAGUCAUUAUCGAAAAAUUUAAAUGAUCCGACUAGAAAAAGAUUGAUUGAUAAUGCAUUGGAAAAUAGCGACGAAGAUAAUGUACAAGAGAAAGUGAUAAUUACUCAACCAAAAUUUAAAAACAUUAAAGAUGAAUUAUUGGGUCUUAGUGAAAAUGGAAAUAAUAGUAAAAUUCAAAAAAAUGAAAAUAAUGUUGAUAUGCUUUUAAAUUAUCAUGGUAAUAUGCAAGAGAAAAUUGCCGAAGAAAUGCUGAUUUUAACUAGAAAUUUAAAAGAACAAACUAUGCUGGCAGGUGAUAUUAUUAGGAAAGAUACACAGGUAUUGAAAAAGUCCAGCGGUCUUGCCGAAUCGAAUUUUGAUAAAUUGAAAACUGAAUCUGAAAAAUUAACGGAACAUUCCAAACGAGCGUGGAAGUGUUGGAUGUGGGUGAUGAUAUUUGUUGUUAUGGCAGUGUUUAUAAAUAUGGUAUUGUUCAUGAAAGUAAUGAAAAAACGGAUUGUGUGAAGGUGGCGCUAAAUUGGUGAUUGUUUUCUAAUUUUAUUUAAAUUAUUUUGU